AUGGCGACGCAGGGGUUGAAGGAUCUCUACGGCAAGCCGCGGCCGGAUCUGCUGGCGCGCUGCAAUCCGGACCUUUCCCAGAUCGCAGCACACACCGUCGGCGGGCUGGGAAGCAAGUUAACCGACGCCGCUACGCUGGUGAGCUGGGAGAUCUGCCAGAACAAGUCGGAUGACCUGAAAGUCGAUGGGUUCUCGAGCUUCCCUAGCGGCCAUUCAUCUAGUAUGGCUUUCCUUUACAUCUGGGAGGGCAUCUACAGAGGCUAA